AAGAAGUGAAAGAGCCGGACCCGCGGCCCAACUUCGCACUGUAACAAAGGCGGGGUGCUCACCGCCGGAAGCCAUGCUCUCCAGGUAGGAGCCACGCGGCCCCGCCCCAGGCCUCUGCCGCCGAAGCCAACGGCUCCUCUGAAAAUGGAGAGAUAAGACGCGGCCCCGGCCGGCCUGUGUGACCGAGAGCCGCGCCCGCCCUCGCCGGGCGAGCCUGCGUCCUGGACAUGGACCGCCACCGGGAGGCAGAGGUGGAGCUGCGGAGGGGUCCCAGCCCCCCCCGGGCCGGCCGGAGCCCCGACAUGGACGGGGACAGGGCCCUGAGCCACAGCUGCUGCAUCUGUGGGAAAAGCUUCCCCUUCCAGAGCUCGCUGUCCCAGCACAUGCGCAAGCACACGGGGGAGAAGCCCUACAAGUGCCCCUACUGCGACCACCGGGCUUCCCAGAAGGGCAACCUGAAGAUCCACAUCCGCAGCCACCGCACGGGGACGCUGACCCAGGGCCACGAGCCGGAGGCGGGGGAGACGCGUGCGGCCGAGGGCCUGGAUGGCUGCGCCAGCCCCACCAAGAGCACGUCUGCCUGCAACCAGAUCCUGAACGGGGCCGCGCCGCUGGACGGCAGCAAGAUCCUGCUGAGGAGCAGCAAGAAGGAGGCCGAGGGCGCCCCGGAGGAGGGCAAGGCGGCGCUGGCCCCCUGCUCCUUCUGCAAGAGCAAGUUCCCGCGCAAGCAGGAGCUGGAGCGGCACGUGCAGCAGGCGCACAAGCCCUUCGCCUGCCGGCUGUGCAGCUACGUGACGCUCAGGGAGGAGUCGCUGCUGAGCCACAUCGAGAAGGACCACAUCACGGCGCAGGGCCCCCCCGGCGCCGAGCCGGGCGUGGAGAACGGCAAGCCCGAGCUGCCGCCCGGCGAGUUCCCGUGUGAGGUGUGCGGCCAGGCCUUCAGCCAGACCUGGUUCCUCAAGGCCCACAUGAAGAAGCACCGCGGCUCCUUCGACCACGGCUGCCACAUCUGCGGCCGCAGGUUCAAGGAGCCCUGGUUCCUGAAGAACCACAUGAAGGCGCACGGCCCGCGGCUGGGCAGCAAGAACAAGCCGCGGAGCGAGCUGGACCCCAUCGCCACCAUCAACAACGUGGUGCAGGAGGAGACCAUCGUGGCCGGCCUGUCGCUCUACGAAGUCUGCACCAAGUGCGGGAACCUGUUUACAAACCUGGACAGCUUGAACGCCCACAACGCCAUCCACCGCCGCGUGGAGGCCAGCCGGACGCGGGCGCCGGGCGCGGGGGGCACGCGGAGCGCCGAGGGUGGUGCCCCCGACUCGCAGCAGCUCUUCCUCCAGUGCCUGAACCUGCGGCCGGCGGGGGCGGUGCCUGCCCACAGUCAGGCCGGCCUGCGGGUGGCCGAGCUGGACCCGGUCAGCAGCUACCAGGCCUGGCAGCUGGCCACGCGGGGCAAGGUGGCCGAGCCGGCCGAGUACCUCAAGUACGGCGCCUGGGACGAGGCGCUGGCCGGGGACGUGGCCUUUGACAAGGAGCGGCGCGAGUACAUACUGGUGACCCAGGAGAAGCGCAAGCGUGAGCCGGAGCCGGGCACACCGGGGCCCCCGCGCAAGAGGGCGGGCGCCCCCGGGGACCUGGCGCCCGGGCCGCUGGAGCCCCGGCCGUCGGCGCGCCCCAGCCGCCGUGCCACCGCGCCCGCCGGCCACGGCAAGUCGUCCGAGUGCUUCGAGUGCGGCAAGAUCUUCCGCACCUACCAUCAGAUGGUGCUGCACUCGCGUGUGCACCGCCGCGCACGCCGCGACCUGGAGCGCCACAGCCCCGGGGACCGCGCCGCCCGCGCACGGGGCGGCUCCCUCAGCGAGGGCGACUCGGCCUCGCAGCCCAGCAGCCCGGGCUCGGCCUGUGCGGCCGCCGACUCCCCAGGCUCUGGCCUGGCCGAUGAGGCCGCGGAGGAGAGCGGAGAGGAGGGCGUGGCCGACCCUGCACCAGGGGGACAGCCACUCUGCCACCACCGUGUUUCGGAAGAGGGGGCGCCGGCUGCGCUCUGCAACGGAGACUCGUGCCCCACGCCGGGAGGCACCCUGCCCGAGACGGCGCCCGCACUGGAGAGCGGCGGCAGAGACGCCUCCCGGAGACCCGAGCUGCCCAGGUUCCCUAAAGACCCGAGGACGCCCGUGCUGCCCCCCAGGCCAGAGGCCCCCGCUGACGCCCCUGCCAGGUCCCAUCAGACUUUUCUGGAAGGAGCUGGCCUGCAACUCUCCUCAGAGGGCCAGGCCACCCCCCUGAAAGAGAAAUCGUCUGAUUUGCACAAUAAGGAUCCUCCUGGGGGAGGAAGAAAGGUGCCUGCCCCAGAUCUGACCCCGCUGGACCUGAGCGAGAGGUCCACCCGGGACGCGCCCAGCCACAAGGAGCUGGCCUCCUCGCUGCAGGCUGCCCUGGCCGUCCACCCAUGCCCUUACUGCAGCCACAAGACCCGCUACCCCGAGGUGCUCUGGAUGCACGAGCGCGUGUGGCACCGGGUCAGCUGUGCCUCGGCGGCCCCGCCGUGGACCCUGCCCGACGGCCACAGGAGCAUCAGGAACAGCUUGGUUUUCCUCGCUCGGAGCGGGCGCAGGCCCCCACCGGCCCUCGGGGGCAAAGAGUGCCAGCCCCUGCCCAUCGCCCGGUUCACCCGCACGCAGGUGCCGGGCGGGGCGCCGGGGCCCAAGGGCAGCGCCUCGGCCCCGGCCGUGACCACGAAGGCCGCUGGCAUGCCUAAGAGCAAGGAGGGCCAACUUGGGGCGGCCUGUGCACUCUGGGUGGCCGGCCCUGACGGUCCCCGGCAGACCAGACCCAGCCCUGGCCCCGAGCUGCCCCCCUCCAAACCCAAGCCCGAGGCCAGCCCCAGGCCGGGGUCCGUGGCGGGUGGCAGCUUCGGCAGAGGUGCGGCCCCCACGCCCACUGUCAUCGCGCGGGCUGGCUCCCAGCCCCCGGCCAGCAGCAGGCCGGGGGAGAAGUACAUCGUCGCCCCUGCAGGGGCCGGCCACGGGCCCUCGCAUAAGCACAGUGCCCCGGACCCCCUGAAAGCCAAAUUCAGCCCUCAGCCUCAGGGUCAGCCACAUGUAAAAGGCAACGGGGGUCCCCCUCUACCUCCCCGGGAGCCCCCCUCUAAGACGGGCCAGGAGCUGCGGCCGCCGGCCAGCUGCGGGGCGGGCUCCCGGGGGAAGGGCUCCGCGCAGCCCCAGCCGGUGCUGCACACCGCCGCGCAGGAGCCGGCGGCCGAGGGCCACGAGAAGCGCCUGGACAUCCUCAAUAUCUUUAAGACUUACAUUCCAAAGGACUUUGCCACCCUCUACCAGAGCUGGGGGGCCAGCGGCCCUGCCCUGGAGCACAGAGGGGAGAGACCGUUCUAACGCGGACGCCGUCCAGACAGUGCCUCUCAGAAAGGGACCCUGAAGUCGUCUCCACCGGACCCCAGCGCCCGGGCAGCCGGCCCCUCACGCCAUCCCUCCGCCCCCGCCGGACCCGACCCGAGGAGGACCGCCGCGGGGAGCACUCCCGCCCGCCCUGCACUCCGAGCCGGGCGGGGGUGGGAGCCGGAGGGAGGAGCCUCUCCUGGGCACGCGUUUAAACUCACGAAGACGCUUCUCUCUGGAGUCGCACAGAGAGUCUGUGCGCGUGGCCGUGCUCGCCCGCGGCCUGUGUUUUCCAUAAUAAACAGCGGUUCUGGCACAGGACGGGCACGAGGCAUCUGCUUUGUUCAAGAAGAGUUUGAGACACUGGAAAAAGCCACGUGUGUGGAAGGGCGGAGUGGAGAAGCUAAGCACUGUAGCGGCCGCCCUGGCCGGACGGCGCCACGCCGGGACAGACGGGGCAGCGGGGUGGGUGCAGCCGCGGCCUCCCGGGGCUCCUGGGCAU